AUGUCCUUCUCGACGGAAAAGUCUCCCCAGGUCCUUGAUACGACAGAGAGCCCAGACAUUGAGCUCUCGAAAGAGACUCCGGAACAAAGCCCAGGCUCGAAACCAGCUCGCCGCCAGAAAUGGUAUGAAUGGUUCGCGCCCACAGACACACCGGCGGAGCGACGUUUGAUCCUCAAACUAGAUGGACUGAUCAUCGUGUUUGUGUUUUUGGCAUACUGGGCGAAGGUUUUGGAUUCGUCGGCCACUAGCACCGCGUAUGUGAGCGGCAUGAAGGAGGAUCUCAAGCUGUAUGGAAAUCAGUUAAACUAUCUGAAUACGGUGUAUUACGUUGGAUUUAUCGUUAUGCAAAUUCCGUUGACUCUUUUGAUGACUCGCUGUCCAGUCAACUACUUCUUACCUGCAGCUGAUCUGCUGUGGGGUGUUUUCACCCUUGUGCAGUAUAAGGUCAGCACUAUAACCCAAUUGUAUGCGCUGCGCUUCUUUGUGGGUGCUCUCGGGGGCUUCUUUUUCCCUGCGGUACAGUGGUAUUUGGGAUGUUGGUAUAAGCGGUCGGAAUUGUCUCGUCGAGGAGCCAUCUUCUUCAUUGCCAGUCAAGUUGGCAGUAUGAGCUCUGGGUAUAUUCAAGCCGGAGCUUAUGACAGUCUGAACGGUCGAUUCGGAUUAGAGGGCUGGAGAUGGCUGUAUAUCAUCUGUUUCGCAUGCACGGUUCCAAUUGCCCUCCUCGGUCUUUGUCUCCUACCCAGUACUCCCGAUAAGUGCAAUUCCCGAUUUUUGACUUCAGACGAGAUCAUACUGGCACAGGAGCGUAUGAAAUCUGAAAACCGAGAAGCCCGUCAACCUUUCACCUGGCCAGGGAUCAUUAAGAUUCUCAAAGGCUGGCGAAUAUGGGUGCUAGUCGCCUUUGCCUUCUUUUUCAGUCAGGCCGAUGGGGUAUCCUCAAAUAGCGGUCUUUCCCUAUGGCUUAAAGCUGAAGGCUAUUCUGUGGGGAAAAUUGACACAAUCACAACCGUCUCACCGGCUGUCACAAUUAUUGCCUCGGUGAUCUGCGCCGUCUUAUCAGACAUCUAUGACGCGAAGGCCAGCUUGAUCGCGAUUACCGCGGUGUUGAACAUCUUUGCAUGUGUUGUACUUGCGAUUUGGAAUAUCCCCGACGGAUUAAAGUUCUUUGCUUUUUUCUUGUCCGGCACGGCAGACGGGAUUGCGGCGAUUAUCUAUGCAUGGGCCAAUGAAAUCUGCGCCCAUAGCGCCGAAGAACGUGCACUGGUGAUCAGUGCUAUGAACACGAUUGGGAAUACGUUCGGAGCUUGGAUUCCUCUCUUUGUUUGGAAGACUGUGGAUGCUCCUCGAUAUCUCAUCGGGUACAACUGGACGAUCGCACUUGACGUAUGCAUGUUGCUUAUGUUGAUGGUGCUUCAUCAUUUCUGGAUACGGGAGCGGAAACUGACUCGUGCUUGA